UUUGAUUUUGUCCUCCACACUUCGCUGCGCAGUGGACAUGUAAAAUAUGCUUCGCUUUACAUCAAAACUCCGCCGCUGUCGGCCAUCGCCGCCGACGCUACCAUCACUCCAACAUUUUUUCCGCCACUACACCUCCUCCUUCUUCUCCUCACCUUAUUCUUCCCACUAUAUACUCAGCAGUAGUUCACACUACCACCUGCACCACCGCAAGGGGCACCGCAACUAUAACCCUCGGUGGUUGCCGGAGCUGCGCUCGCUCUCACCUCAUGAUUGCGUUUCAUUUGCUCGUAGAUUAUCGACUCAGCCCGAUUUCCCCAGAUCAGACGAGCCGAUCCUUCCGGUACGUGCUGUCAUAUCUAUGCUCGAUUCUUAUCACGAUGCGACUGGUCUUCCUUGGUGGUUUAUAAUAUCAUCAUCUACGGUGGCAAUGAGACUUGCAUUGUUUCCUCUUGUCGUGUUGCAACUCAAAAAAUUGAGGAGAAUAGGAGAAUUGCUACCUACAUUACCUCCACCGUUUCCGCCACCUCUGUCAGGACAAAGUUUCAGGAACCAGAUUGCCCUUUUCUUGAAGGAAAAGAAGGCUGCUAGGUGCCCUUCUGUGUUUUGGUGGUUCUCAUCAUUUGCUGUUCAGGUCCCUUGUUUUUUCAUGUGGCUCAUGAGUGUUCGCAGAAUGUCACUGGAACAUCACCCAGGUUUUGAUACUGGAGGAAUGUUAUGGUUCCAUAAUUUGACUGAAUACCCACAUGGUGCUUUGGGGCUCGUUUUCCCAUUUUUCAUUGCAGGCUUGCAUUUCACCAAUAUUCAGAUAUCUUUCCAAAAAUCAUCACUUCAACAAGCUCCAGGCUCCUUUAGAUUAUUGCUAAAGCUAUACAAGAUAUAUCUGCAAGUGCUGACUCUGCCUAUUUUGAUUGCUGCCUUCAAUGUUCCCCAGGGAAGCUUAGUAUAUUGGCUUACAAAUAGUUCAUUGAGUUUGAUACAGCUAUUAUGCCUCCGCCAUCCUGGAUUCCUCGAGUAUUUGGGGCUUCCUACAAAGAAUGCUCCAGUGUUAGCUCCACCUAAUAAAGAAAGAGGCAGCUCGGAAGUAGCAGAUAUUAUGAUAUUGACAAAGACAGGAGAAAUCCCUGCUGUAGACCUAUCACCUGCAGUGUUGGUUGCUUAUUCAGUCAAAAUAUUAACUGAUGGCCACAAGGAUACAGCAAUCAGACUAUUAAGGCUUGCUCUAACGAAGGAUCCUGGGAACGUAAGAGCUUUGCUUAUAAUGGGCCAGACGGUAUUACAAGACAAACAAUAUGCUGAGGCUGCUGGGUGGCUGGAGAAUGCUGUUUCAAAGCUCCUUGAGGCUGGCUAUCCUACAGGAGUUGAAGAAGUUGAUCUUUUAAUUCUUUCAUCUAUGUGGGCUGGUAUUGCAAAUGUGCAUCAGGGAAAAGUGGAAGAGGGUCUUCUACAUCUAGAAAGAAUAGCUCAACUAGAAGAGCCUGAACAUCCCAAGAGCAAGGCCCACUACUAUGAUGGUCUACUUGUCCUUUCAAGUGCUUUAUUGACGGUAGACCGCAAAGCAGAUGCGUUGGCGUACCUGCACAAGGCAGUUGCCUAUGAUCCCGCGUACAGUGUGUAUCUCGAUGAUUUCGAACGUGAUCCCAACGAUAUUGCCAGUGAUCUUGCUACCAGCAGGAGAGAAUUAUGAGUAUUAAUUGACGGUCAAUGGUUGCUCGACAAAAUGCAAGUUAUUUAACAGAAGCAGUGAUUCUCUACCACAUGCACGAAUGGACAAGAGGAAAAAAGGAACAUUAUACUUUGGGUGACUCUAACUGAUUUUAAGCUUCAAACGUUUGGUUGAAGAUUCAGAAGUAAGAGUUGUAACAACCAAUCGUUCUUGUUCACAAAUGUGGCUAAUUAUAACGUGGUUCAAGAAAGGUGCAUGUAUGAAUGACCUUUUCUUUUCUUUUCCCAUUUUUCUUUUUCUCUUUUUCAUUAAAACAAAAGGAAAUGAGUCCUCCGAAGUUAAAUGAAAGGGCUGAUAUAAAAUUGGUUUGUGGGGAAUAAUGGUUUGAUCUUACCUCAUUAGAUUUUUUACUUUUUACUGUUGAACUUGAAGCAUACACAUUUAAACACACUAUUUGUAUAUUUUACUUUUCAUGUUCAUUAUAUGCUUUACUACAAUAUUUUGCCAUGUUUAAUAAUUAUAGUUAUGUUCA